AUGAUCUGGCAGCUGUUAUUGGUGGCGUUGGCGCUGGGCGCGGCGUACUACCGCUGGUCGCGCAGGCGGCUCUACAAGCUCGCGGCUGAGAUACCGUGCUUACCGGACAGCUACCCCGUCAUCGGACACGCACACAUCUUCGCUGGCAGUAACGAAGAUAUUAUGCAACAGUUACAAAACCUGGGUCGAAUAUCGAAUGAUCACGAUGGCCUUACAAGUUUUUGGGUGGCCAAUAGGCUGUUAGUUAGUAUGACAGAUCCUAAGGCUAUCGAGGUGGUCUCCAAAGCGUGCCUGGACAAAGAUGAAUUCCUAAUAAAGUAUAUACGAACCGCAAUAGGCAACGGAUCUAUAUUUGCCCCAGUAAACAUUUGGCACCCUCGUCGCAAAAUCAACGCGCCUUUCUUCAGCCGGAAGAACCUGGACCAGCUGAUGCCGGUGUUCGACGCGAAGAGUUCCAUCAUGGCCGACCUGCUGCGAGCCGAGGCGGGGGGCGGCGACUUCCCCAUCUGGAGAUACGUCACCACGUUCACGUUCGAUACAGUUUGUGAGACUGCCUUGAACGUACCAAUUAACACGCAAAAAGACUCGGAGCACUACUACCUCCUGAAUGCAAUAGAUGGAUGCACGCAAGUGCUGGCGAAGCGUGUUUUACAGCCGUGGCUGCAUCCAGACAUCGUCUUCAAGAAAAACAAUAACAACGAACUGUCACAUUUCAUCGAGGCGGUAAUCCAGUCUUCCGGAGGGCUGGAGAAGGGUUACUCGGACAUGGAGCUGCGGGAGGAGCUGAUGGUGUUCAUGGUUGCCGGGAGCGACACGUCGGCCACCGCGGUCAGCUACACCACCGUGCUGCUGUCCCGGUACCCGGACGUGCAGGAUAAGGUGUACCAGGAACUACAAGAAGUGUUCGGCGAGUCGGACCGCGCCGUGACCCCAGAGGAUCUGCCGAAACUGACGUAUCUGGAGGCCGUUAUCAAGGAGAGCUUGCGACUUUACCCCCCGGUGCCGGUAGUGGUGCGAGAGGUCCACGAGGAUAUACUUCUGCCGUCAGGCACAACGCUGGUGGUCGAGACGACGGUGAUGUUCAACAUCUGGGGCACGCACCGCAACACAGCGUACUGGGGGCGCGACGCGGAGGAGUUCCGCCCCGAGCGAUUCCUGCAGGGCCCGCUGCCGCACCCCGCCAUGUUCGUGCCCUUCAGCUACUCCGUCAGGAACUGCCUCGGUGCAACAUACGCAAUGAUGUCAGCGAAGACGGCGCUGGUGAACCUGAUCCGGCGCUACCGGCUGCUGCCGCCGGCCGGCGUGCGCGCCGCCGACCUGCAGCGCCCUCUGCCCGUCAAGUUCGACAUCAUGAUGAAGGCUGUCGAUAACUUCACCCUUAGAAUCGAAGAGAGGAACCGGAAACCUCUGAUGAUGCAAGCUAAAUGGCAAAAAGCUCUUAUUGAUAAUGCUCAAAGCCCUGCAGAGCGCGCUCGUCUCCUAGCCGUAUCGGAGCCAGAGUCGGGGCUCUGGCUCCAUGCAUUGCCAUCCCCCAACAUAGGCACCCUCCUAGAGAGAACGACCCUCGCACUCGCUACCAGUUUGCGAUUGGGAGUCAAAACCAAUGAGCCUCACCGCUGCCGCUGUGGCUCCAUUGUUGACGAGCUGGGCCACCACGGCUUGUCCUGCCAGAGAAGCGCGGGCCGCAUCUCUCGCCACGCCUCCCUGAAUGAUGUCAUCCGGAGGGCGCUUGCUUCCGUUAGCGUGCCGGCUAUCCUAGAGCCGAACGGUAUCGCACGCGACGACGGCAAGCGGCCCGACGGAAUGACACUUAUUCCGUGGAGGCUGGGGAGGACGCUUGUAUGGGACGCCACCUGCGUUGACACGCUCGCGCCGUCCCACCUACAGGCGACCUCCGUCAAGGCGGGAGCGGCGGCUACAACCGCUGAGCAGAACAAGCGGCGCAAAUAUGCUGUCCUCAGCGAGGGCUACAUAUUUGCGCCGUUUGGCGUAGAGACUCUGGGACCGUGGGGGCCUAGUGCAAAAAGCCUUUUUAAGGAAAUAUCACAGCGCCUCAUUGACACCUCAGGUGACCGGAGGGCUGGCAGCUACCUCGGCCAGAGGAUAAGCCUGGCCAUCCAAAAAGCGAAAUUGCUGGCCCGAAUUAGUUAG